AUGGGUAUCGACAGUCUCUUGGUGCACCUUGGAAGCGUCAUGUGUGAGACUCAUGUCAGCAGGUUUGGCGGCAAGCGGGCUGGAAUUGAUGUGUCGGUGUGGAUGUACAGCGGAGCGGCCGCGACCGCGACGGAGUUGGCUCUCCACGCCGCCAACAAGGUGGAUGUCAUGACCCUGGAGCACACGUUGGCAUACGAAUCGUAUUGCAUCAGUCGGUUGGAACUGCUUCUGAAGCACAACAUCACGCCGGUGGUGGUGUUCGAAGGGGCCGGCAUGCCCACCAAGGCCGCCACGUCCGCGCGGCGCGAGCACGACCGUCAAAAGCACAUGAUGCGAGGGCUCAACUUGCAUGCCACGCACGACCUCGUGGAAAGCGGCAAGGCAUUUGCGAGGAGCCUCAAGAUCACUGGAGCAAUGGGGCGCAAACUUCGACGGACGCUGUUACGUGUGCAUCCAACCAUCGAGUGCAUCGUGGCGCCAUAUGAAGCGGACGCCGAGUUGGCGCAUCUGUCGCUGACCAACUACGUGGACAUUGUCAUUUCAGAAGACUCGGACUUGAUUCCGUACGGUUGUGCCACGAUCCUGUACAAGAUGAACGACCAUGGUCAAGCUGUCGAGUUCCGAAGGCGACACAUUGGAGCAUGCGAAUCGUUUUCAUUCAUCGGGUGGAGUGAGCUACAGUUUUUGCAAUUAUGUGUCCUAGCGGGCUGCGACUACUGCCCCACAGUGCCGGGUGUCGGGUUUGUCUCUGCGUAUAAAAUCGCCAAGGCGUGUCCGUUCCCGUCAUUGGUACUAGACUACCUGCACGAACACCACGACGAUGUUUUGCCGCACAACUUUGACGCCGACUUUUAUCGAGCGCUCUUGACGUUCCGCCAUCACAUUGUGUACAAUCCUGUGCAGGAGCGGGCACUCAUGUUGCAUGACUGGGCGACGUCCGCCGAUGACAUCCGCGAGUGGGCGAAUGAGGUGGACCCGCCUACGUUCUUGGGAAAUAUUCAGGUGACCCACGCCCACGCCAAGGGGGUCGCCAACGGCACUUUGCACCCCACCACAUAUGCGCCGUACCACGAUUGAUCAUCAUAUAUAAUACAAUUGUUGGAUUCAUCCUGUU